AAAGAGAAAAUGAAACAAAGAUCUCUCAAUGCGUCUCAAAAUGUAUAAUUCUAGCGCGCAACUCAGAAAGAUCUCUUUUGGUCACCAUGAGGCACGACAAGAAGAUGUUGAUCACAUAUUUUAGUCUCACUCUGUUGCUCCAUUUGAGAUAAUCGUCGUGAUAGUAUAUUUUGUCUGGCGAUUGCAUUUUUUGUUGUUGUUUUAUUUUUCAUCUUUCACACAAUAAAAAAAAAAACGAAAGAAUAAUAAUAAAUUUUUCAUGCCCCAAAACGGAGAGAUUGGUGGUGGGAAUAAAUGUGGCAAGGUGCAAAAAUUGCCACGGGGAAAAAAGUGAGAAAAAAUGUCGUGUUGGACAUUAGGAAGGUGGAGUGAAAAAAAAAGGCGACCAGUGCGUGAUCUUGCACUGAAAUUCAAAGAGAGUGAUUCGGGUGCUUCAAAUGGGGAAAUAUGUGGGAAAAUGUAUUAAAGAGUCAUUCAACUGUAGACCGCGCUCAUUUUUUUUUCCUCAUCAGCAUCACAAAACUCCCACAUUUUCGCUUUCUUUGCGAUCCAUUCGUGACUCGCCAAAUUCUUUGCUCAGCACAAAAAACACGCGGCUAAUUGCGAUAUACAUUGAUAAAGUGGAAAAUACACACGAUCAGCUUUAAAUGAUUGCUCAUUUAGCAAGAAGAAAAGAUUCUUUUGUGAAUUGUGAUAAACAAUUAAUAGCAAUUGAUGUUUCAAGAUUGAAUCUUGGUGCAAUAUGGGAGGGAAAAUGAGUGCUUCAGUGGCAAUGAUGGAGAAAAUAUAGAAUUUGUGUACAAAAGUCUGUGCUAAAUUGGUAUUGAAACUGCCUUGGAAGAACCUCCAAAUGGGGUUUGUGCAUGACUUUCUGAGUCAAGACGUGAGAAAUGACAAUUUAGAUGAAUUUUUAAAGGGCAAUUAAAUUGUUUUUAAAAAUUUAUUAAAGCACCGAAGAGUGACGUUUGAUGAAAAUGAUUUUUAAUAGCUGAUGAAAUGAAUUAAAUUGACAUGUUUCGAUAAAGAAAAGCCUCAUUUUUUCAUUCAUUUAAUCAAUGAAAAUAAUUUUAAAAAAAAACUCAUUCAAUAGAGUAAAAAGGCGGUAGGGAUCUGAAAUGUUUUAAUUUUAAUUGAGUUUUGAUAAAAUUUACUUAAAAUUUAAAGAAAUAAAUGAGAUGGGUCGUUUGCGGUUCAAAAAGAAACAAAAAAAACAUUUUUAUUUUUUAUUCACACGUCAGGAGAAAAACGUCAAAUACUGGAAAGAAAUUAAACGUAAUCUGAUCUAAGAAAAUGUCAAACGUUAGAAUAAAAGUGCUUAACGUAAAAUUAUUAGGCUGACAAAUAGAAGAAAUAAGACUUCAAACGCUAGUCAGAAAAUGUCAAAAAAAAAUUAGAAAAAAAACAUUAGAAAUUAGAAAUUUCUAUGGAAUAUGAAACGUUAAAGAAACAUGAACGAAACUUUAAGCGUUAGAAAACAAACGUUAAAAAUUAGGAGAAACGUCAAACGUUAAAAUAAAUAUACGUCAAACCUUACAAAAAUGUCAAUUUAAAAUGGAUAAGUUGUCAAAAACUGUUCAUUCAAAUGCAACUAUUUUUAUGACUACUAUUAUCAAUCUUUGUUUAUCUCAACUUCGAAGUCAUCUUUUUUUUUUUUAGCUAUUUAUUCUUAUACAUAUCCUUGAAUAAUAUUCUGACUACGCCCCUGGAUUAGAACGUAUUAUUUUUAUUGCAAGGUUUAUUUUUGUCCAAUUUUAACCCAUCCUCACUUUUUGUAUGAUAUAUCAUACGCAAAAUUGGUAAUUUUUGUUUAAUUUUUAUGACGCGAAUUUGCAAAAAUUUCCUUCCGGGUUAGUGUUUUCCACUUUUAUAAACCCUUAACUCUUUAUAAUUAAUUUUUCUGGGUGUCAAAAACAUAAAAUAAUAUUAUUUUUUGACAAAAAUCUAAGUGUAUCCAAUUGCAAUGUUGUCCGGGAACCAAAAUGUGUGUAUUUCAAGUGACAAUUCCCUUUUUCUCUGUAUUAUUUUGUGCAAAAUCUCUUAAUUAUUGAUAAAACUUUGUGAAUUAACUAAAAUAUCCGUCUCCGACCGCAAAUUAUUUAAUUAUUUUGCGCGAUAAACAUCUGCGUAUGAUAUAUCAUACGUUGGUUGAAUUGAGGUACUUUUUAGGUUAAAGUGCGAGUUUAUUUCUGUGAGGGAAGAUCUAAGAGUUUGGGAAUAAAAAUUAAGAUUGCAGUGAAAAGGAAUGCCAGGAAGUGCUAAAUCAGAUACAUCGUAAGUAUUAAGAAGUACCUCACACCAGGAAAUAUAGAAAUUAUAGCGAAAAUCUUGAUUUUUGUAGGUCUGAGAACGAAGAAGGAUAGUACAUUCGGCUCUGUCCGGAGACUUGUCAGCAUAUUCACCAGAAGUCUCCGUCCUAGAGCAAACCAUGCAACAUGAGAUUGUUAUUUUACUUCCUGGCUACGCAACUGUUAGUGAUGAGGAUAACUGUGGGAUUCACGACAAGUUCAGCUUCGGUAUUCUUAGAGCUAGAACUCUACAAGAACGCAGUGAAUUGAUUCUGAAACCCAAGGAUUGGACUUCUAUUGGAUCAAUUAAUUAAUUCUGGUCCAAAAUCUAGCCAGAAUACUUAAUUUCAGCAUAAAUUAUGUAAUUUAUGCAUUUAAAUAAAUUAAAAUCUUUGUUUCAACACUGAGAAAAAAUUGAAUUUUUUCAACCCCCUUUCGUUAAACGUAUGAUAUAUCAUACGGUGUCUACCGACGCCCCCAUGGGGGCUAAAAUUUUUUUUUUUCAGGAAUUAUAUUUCUUAUAGGCUUAUUAGUCAAAUUCUAUAAAAUGAAGGUCCUAGGUACAGAAGAUCUAUGACCUCGUUAGCAUGGGUUAACCAUCGCGGUUUUUAUGUUCACGAUUUUCUAUUUUUACAUCAGGGAUAAUUUUUAUUUGCUGCAAUACACUUUGAAAGUCUAUCAAAAAUUGUUAAAUGUAGUUGAAGAUCAUCCUUUGGGGCAUUUCAUACGUCUUGACCAAUUUGCAAAAGUAAAAAUUCAUGUGAAAAAGAGCAAAUGCUGGCGAAGAGGACUCUCUGAAUAUGUGAUGUAACGCAAAUUUAAGUGUAGUUUCUGUUUAAAUGUAUUUAAAAUGUGAUGUGUUGUACAUAUAGUAGGUAUUUAUAUUUAGAAUUUUCGAUGGUGACUUUCCUCAACAUUAUUCAUACAUCACGGUACGAUGUGUAGUGCUGUACAAGGGUAGAUGAUGGCAGAGGCGAAUGCAAGCCAGGCAUGUUUUUGUCAGACACACAACAGAGAAAGAAGAAAAAAAACGAGCCCCAUUUAGUCUGUGCUGGCUGAGAGUGAGAAUAUACUUAUAUGUGGGAAAUUUUUAUUCAUAUAGACAACAAGAGUGUUUUCUCUCCUACCAAUUGUCGAUAAAUCAUUCAAUAGAGAGCAUUUCAAUAGUUGAAGAAGAAGUUGGUUAAAAUAAUAAAAAAUAUAAUAUGUGGUCUAAAUUGACUUGCUGGAAAAUGCUCAAGUGAAGUGUUCUUGUUGUGGUGGCAUAUCGGACAAAAUGUGCUUCAAUAUUCGCCGAUUUUGCAUCAAAUGUCGAGGAAAAAAUCCCCGCGAUGGUCAGCAGGAAGAGCCGCAGCAUAAACCCCCAAAGGGUGUACCAAGUAUUUGUCUAAAUAUUCCAGGUGUGCGUUCAUCGAGUAUUUCCACUGUUUCCGGAUCGACUGACGAGGGGGGCUUCAAUGAACCCUCACCGGAAAUAAAGGCUCCACUGAAGCCACCGUAUGACUUUGAUCUUCCGGCCGAUCUGCAGCUGCCACCGGAACCACCGCCGUCCAUGCGGGACUCAUCGUCACUCGAUUCGAAUGAUUCUCCGCACGAGCUGCACUACGUCGACGUGGGGUACCGCCUCAAUCCGGACGGGAGUGAGGGUGAUGAUUCGUACAGGGAGAAUGAUUACUACGGCGGUGGACAAGGUGGUGAGGGGUACAAGGUACCAUCACGGACUAUUCCACCACCACUACCCUUUCCGCCGCCCAUGGAAGUUGAGGGGAAGGUGGUGUAUGCCACCAUUAAGCCCGAACUCCCACCACCGAAUGAACUGUUUGCCGACAGUAAAUCCAAUUCCCUCGAGGAGGAUGUGCAAUCACCGCCAAGCGGAAAUUCCACGGACUACCAUAGUCCACAGACGAUACUCGAUCCAACGCGCCCCACACUCAUUGGGGGCACUGCCGAGGCAAAUGGGUGCCAUGAGGACAAGUUCACGGACGAUCCGGAGAUUUUCCUUGCACAGAAACCCCUUCCACCACCACCGUCACCCCCAAUGUCCGACGGACCACCGCUCGAUGUGCAAGACGAUGUUAAGUUUGCCGAUGCAAGCGACAGUGACCAUGAAAAUAUGCCCGAUGCAAUGACGGCGGAUGAGGCUGAUAAGCUUUUGAGUUCCAGGAUUUUGGAGAGUAAAAUUCGAGAACAAUCAAUACUGUCAGAUGAGCAGGCGAAAGAGGUGGAAGCACUACUCUCAGUUAAAUCUCAGCCACCGCAGGAGGUGGAGCCGCCGGUGGUGGUGGUGAAGAGUGUCGUUGCUGAGGUGCCUGCUGUGAAUGGGCUCAAUGGGAAUCACCACGUGGAGGGUGAUCCGUUGAAUGAUUCAAUUGUCUCAGUGGAAUCCAUGCAGAGUACCACAGAGGCAACAACGGCCACCAAUAAGGUGACAUCUAGUCAUUUGGAUGAUGUUUCAGCGGCUGGAUCUGUGAUCUCACUGGCAGAAGGGGAGGCGGACGUGUCAGCGGAUGAGAGUCACGAUUCCUAUGUGCCUGAAUAUCCGCCCGUUAAGGCGAAGGAGGUCUACGUUGAGGCUGGUGUGCAUUACUUUGAGGAUGGGAAUUUCUGGAUGGAAGUCCCGGGGCUCCUUGAAUCUGACGAUGAGGAUGAUGAACUUGAGUAUCCGGCCUACACGAAGCGUAAUGCAAAAGUGAAAUUUAGUACGGGACCAAUUCAGGUUUUCUCCACCUACUCUGUCAAUGACUACGAUCGUCGCAAUGAGGAUGUCGAUCCAGUGGCAGCAUCAGCGGAAUAUGAGCUGGAGAAGAGAGUGGAGAAGAUGGAUGUAUUCCCGGUGGAGUUGAUGAAAGGUCCCGAGGGUUUAGGUCUCAGUAUUAUUGGGAUGGGUGUGGGUGCAGAUGCAGGGCUAGAGAAAUUGGGGAUAUUUGUGAAAACAAUCACAGACAAUGGUGCUGCGGCCCGUGAUGGACGCAUCCAAGUCAAUGAUCAAAUUAUCGAAGUGGAUGGGAAGAGUUUAGUUGGCGUGACUCAGGCCUAUGCGGCCUCUGUGUUGAGAAAUACAUCCGGAUUGGUGAAGUUUUCCAUUGGACGCGAGAGGGAUCCGCAAAAUUCGGAAGUAGCACAGCUCAUCCGACAGAGCCUGCAGGCGGAUAAGGAGAAAGAAGAGCGUAUAAAAGGGAAACAGCAGCAGGAUGAGAAAUUCCGACGAGUAUCUGAGCACUCAGAUGACUCAACACUUCCAGCAUCGGCCAAUUCGAGUGUUAGUGAAGGCCCCAUGAGUCCAACGGCCGCCAUGGAGACCCUAUUUGAUGCUGAAGCCACCCAUUCGCAGGAGGUUGAAUCCCUAAAGAGACUUCUUCAAGAGAGUCAAUUGAAGUAUUUCAGUAUUGAAAGGGAACUUUUGGUCAGUAGAGAAAAGCUCAUUAAAUUGGAAUCGACGGGUAAUGAGGCGGAAUUGCUGAAUGAAAGACUGAGACAGAUGGAGCAGGAGUUGGUGAAUACUAAGAAGGAAUCAACAAACUACCAGAGUAUGCUUCAGCAAUCUCAAGCACAGUACACUGUUCUCGAUAAAAAAUACAUGAAGGCUAAGAGAAUUGUUAGAGAGUUCAAGCAAAGGGAGCUUGAGUUGAUCCACCGAGAAGAAUUCUAUCUGCAGUGUCUACAGGAGAAGGAUACGGAAUAUAAUGCUUUAGUGAAGAAGCUGAAAGAUCGUGUGAUAUGUCUUGAGCAAGAGUUGGAGGGUACACAGAGGAAGGCUGGUUUUCCGGUCUUUCUCCCAUACGACAGUGCAAGUCUUAAGUUAACACCCCAAAUGUCACGGAGGCAGCCGCCAAAGCCACUUUUCCCGAAAUUGGACACAGAACUGUCGGAUACGGAGAUCUCCGAUGUGUCCAUUGAGGGUGAAGGUGAGAAGACGGCAACAGUGGAGCGAAAGUUGCCACUAAAAGAUGAACUAGACACGGCAAUUCCGCAACAUGAACUCCUUGAUAAUUCAGCCAACAAAUGCAAGAGCGGAUUAGGUGAGAGAACAGCCAACAAGAGCUAUCUGCAUGCGUUAAAUUCUUCCUCCUCCCGUGGGGGUCUGUCGAAGCGUCAACUGCCAUCAGGUAAGAAGAGCUUGAGCAGCAGCAGCUCAGAUUGUGCUCUUGAUGAGACAACCGAUGAGGAGGAGCGCACACAAUCCACAUCCGUUUCGCAAUCGGAUGCAUCGCCAAUGGUGCAUGAAGUGACUCCCGAAGUGAGUCACUAUGCGGCUACGAAUUUGAUCUACCAGGAAAUUCCUGCUGCUGUUCCACCACCUCCACCUGUGUCUCUCUCUCCUUCACCCCCGACAACAUCCUCAACACCCACGACUGUCCUAACGCCCAAUAUGGCAGCUCCAGCUAUUACGGAAACUAUAAAUGUUGGAUCGUCACCGCUAUAUGCGCAAGUUCAGAAAGAUCGAAGUAAUUCCGCAGCUACGCACACAACAAUUCCCAGCUCCUUCAAGGUUGGGCAGCAGUCUCUUGUGACUACCUUUGUCUCUCCGGCGUCGCAUACUAGUGAGCUGAGCAGCUCCUACGACAGCAUCUUGGGGGGAUCGAGUGAUAAGCUGAGCGACAGCGGGAAUGCCUCCGAUAGUUGGAUGUAUCCAAUCAGGCGCAAGGGUCUCCGACCACCCUCAUCCUUCACCGAGCAACUCAAUCAAGUGCUAACAAAACGCGAAAGACGAGGUGGAAGCGAUAAUUCGUCGAGAGAGUCUUGUGAUAAUUAUGCAGAAAUAGGUCGACCACAAAAUCCCACGGCGAUUCUAACACAGAAUUUACUCGUUGAAAUACGACAGGCGGUCAAUGAGGCACAGCCAAGAGUGAAAAAUAUUUUCCCAAAAACCCUGAGUCCACCGGGAAGUGUGCCGUGGCAACAGCAGCAGGGACCACCGUCACCAUCGAGUAUUAGUUCAACGGGAUCCACUUCUCCAGGAGGUUAUUCGCCCAAUCGCACGCUUGAUCUAUCGGGAUCGAGUGGGAGCUUUUCCAGUGAGUUGAAGGGCAAAGGAUCACACAACUGGCAGAAUGGGCCUGUCCACCAAUGGUCGAGAGAGCAGGUUUGUCAAUGGUUGAUGGCUCUGGGUUUGGAGCAUCAUACAGAGAAGUUUAUCGAAUGCGGCGUUGAGGGUGGUGCAUUGCUGCAAUUGGAUUCGCGUGACUUUAAAAUCUUGGGUGUGGUAGGUGAUGAUAAAUCCAAACUAAAGCGGCACCUUAAAGUGCUUAAGAAUAUGAUUGAGAAAGAGCGGAAGCAGCAGGAAAAGACAAGAAAGCAGCAUGAGAAGCAACUGAGGAAGGCUGAAAAGGAAGCGGCUGCUGCCAAUAAGAAGAAAUAAGGGAAAUAUAAUAAUUGAAAGACUCACGAUAAAAUAUUAUUUGUAAAAUAAGGAUGAAGGUAAAAGAUUUCCAUUUUUUUCUUCUUAUUUCUAAAUUAUCCUUUUACCUUUCAUUUUUUUUUGUAUUUUAUCUUUCCUCUCCCUGAAUCCUUUCUAAAAAAAAAAACAUUGUGUAGAACUUUUUACGUGAUUUUACAAAACUGAAGAAUUUUAAAAGAAGAAUUAGUAAUUGUAGCAUGAAUUUUGUAGCAAUAAUUCCAAUUCUUUGAGUCUCUCUGUGGGUGAAGUUUUUUUUUUAUUGGAUAAUUAUAAAUAAAAUAAAUAUUAGAUUAAUUGAUGAGAUGAAAUUGAAAGCCGUCGAUUCCACAGAGUAUAAAGAACAAAACAAAAAGUAAACAUUUUAGAACCAUUCGGUGUAGUCUUGCUCUAAAGAAUUUCAUUACUACAAUAAACAACAACAAAAAAAUGGAUAUAGCGGGAAUAAAAAACGUAUGGAAAAUGUAAACGUUACAAUUUAUAAACAAUGAACUGUGUCAAAUUUUAUGGUAUAUAUUUAAACAAAUUUAUUCUAACUUUUAUGAGAAAAGAUGAAAAAAAAAUGAAUCUAAACCCGAAAAAGUACUAUAGUGUAUUGAAAAUAUUUAAUCUAUGUGGAGAGGAUGAUAUAUAAAAGGAAAAAAAAACAUAAUAAUAGUAAUUACAUAGAAGGAAGGUUGAAGAAUUGCACGAAAGACUUUGGUAAGUGGCUGGAUUACAUAUGAACCUCCUACGUUACUUAUUAUACCUAAUGCUGUAUUAAAACAAUCAUAAAAUCAAGAUAAAUUGAGACAGAAAAACUCCUAAUUUUGCUAAAAUUGAUAAGUGAAAAAGCUUAAGUUUAUAAUUUUCAAGACAGAAUUAAAACAAAAUAACUUUUUAAAGACCUUUGAGACGUUUCAAAGAUUUCAUAAAAUUAUGUUUAAAAAAAAACUCCUAAAUUUCUUGAAAACUUACUUUUCCUAAUUUUUUAAGAGACUCUAAAUUUCUUUGAAAAAAAUACUUUAACACAGUUUUAAAAAUUUUAUUUUAAAAACAUUUUUUAAGCCAAUCAGUCAACUCUACAAGGUUUUAGUGCAACUUAAAAAAAGAAUGCAAAAAACAUAAAAAUAGGUAAACAAAAAGAAAAAAAAACGGAUGAUAAUGAAAUUUAAAAAAAUGAAUUCAUAAAGAAAAUAAGAUUUUAUUUUCAAAAAAAAAUAUUUACAUUCCCUUGUAUAUUUAUUUAAUUUAUACGUUAAAACAAGAUUAAUUUAUUUCCUAAUAUAUUAAAGAAAAACUCACGCGUAGUUGUUUUUUUUUUCAGUAGAUACGUAAGAUUUGAACAAAGUAAAUUUUUAUAGAUUUUUAGGAAUAAUUUGAAAAUAUUAAAUAAACAAAAAAAGUAUAAUAUAUUAAAUUAGUUAAAAUAGUAAGAAAAAAAAUAGAGGGACAUUGUGUAAAUUUUGUGAUUAUUUUUUGUCUUUUUUUAGGAUUUAUAUAAAAUUAGUUUAUUAGUGAACAAUGAGUGAGAUUUUUAUCAAACUCUCUAGUUGUUUAAAAAAAGAAGAACUUUUCUUCCUACUUUUUUUCUUGCUAAUCUGUAGUGAACCACAAAACGCAUAAGAUUGUAUUUUGGACUUUUUAUUGAGAUUAACUUCUUGUUUAUACAUUAAAUGGUUUUUUUUUUGA